AUGCAGACCAAGCACUUCUUUACCGACCCAAACCACCUGGUUUUGACCGCACUGAAUUCCCUGACCCUGACCAACCCGUCCCUUGCAUUGGAUGUUGAGAACAAGAUUGUCUUCCGCCGGCCGGAUGCGCCCCGCAAGCCAAACAAGGUUUCCAUCGUCACUGGUGGUGGUUCCGGCCACGAACCUGCCUUUGCUGGCUUUGUCGGCCAGGGUCUUUGUGAUGCUGCCGUAGCCGGUACCAUCUUUGCUUCUCCUUCCGCCGAGCAGAUCCGCAGAACUGCCAUUGAUCGCGUCCCUACUGACCAGGGCGUGCUGAUCAUCCCCAACAACUACACCGGCGAUGUCCUCAACUUUGGUAUGGCGACUGAGAAGUCGCGGGCGGCCGGUAUUAAGACUGAGUUCUUUGCCAUGGCCGACGAUGUUGGUGUUGGCCGAACUAAGAGUGGCAAGGUUGGUCGUCGUGGUAUUGGCGGUGGUAUCCUGAUCUUGAAGUUGGCCGGCGCUUUGGCCGAAGCUGGUGGUAAUUUGGACCAAGUCUAUCGUCUUGUCCAGCAGACCAACGACAACCUCGUGUCCAUUGGUUCCUCUCUGCAACAUGUCCACGUCCCUGGCCGCGGUGUCCCCGAAGAUUCCAUCGCCAGCGACGAAGUCGAAGUCGGCAUGGGUAUUCACAACGAGCCCGGAUCUCACCGUACCAAGUUCGAGUUGGUUGGACUGGUCACAACCAUGCUCCGCCAGCUGCUCGACCCUAACGACUCAGACCGCGCAUACAUCAAAUACACCCCCAAGGAUAAGUUUGUCCUUUUGAUCAACAACCUGGGUGGUGUCAGCCCUAUUGAGCUUUCUGGCAUUCUUGAUGAGGUCCACCGCCAGCUUACUGGCAGCUACAACAUCAAGCCUGUCCGUGUCAUCCAGGGCUCCUUCCUAACAAGUCUUAACGGACUGGGAUUCAGUAUUUCGCUGCUUAAGCUCGAAGACACUGGCCUCGGCGCCGGAAAAUCGAUGCUCGAGCUCUUGGAUGCUCCUGCUGAGGCCACGGGAUGGUCCAACCCAAUCCCCACCCCUACUUGGGAGAACCGCAACGACAGCCCAGUUCAGCUGAAGAACUCCAACUUGGGCCAUGAGAACCCCAGCAACCUGAAGCUGGACCCCGCCGUCGUGAAGAAGGUCCUCAGCGCCGGUCUGAAACGCGUCAUCGCCGCCGAGCCUGAGGUCACCCGCUUCGACACAAUCGUUGGCGACGGCGACUGCGGUAUCGGCCUGAAGCGAGGCGCCGAAGCCAUCCAGAAGCUCCUCGACACCGCUCCGCUGACCGACGACAUCGUCAACACGGUCAACCAGAUCGUCAACGUCGUCGAAAACGUCAUGGACGGUACCUCUGGUGCCAUCUACGCCAUUUUCCUGAAUGCCUUGGCCCAUGGCCUCCGCGACCAGGACAAGGGCUCCGCACUCCCGGCCUCAACCGAAGUCUGGGCCAAGGCAUUGAAGCACUCCGUCAACGCCCUGGCCAAGUACACCCCCGCCAAACCGGGUGACCGUACUCUCAUUGACUCCCUGGUGCCGUUCUGCGAUACUCUCUUCGAUACCAAGGAUAUCCGUGGCGCGGCUGCUGCGGCUGAGAAGGGUACCGAGUCUACUAAGAGCAUGAAGGCUAGUCUGGGCCGCUCGGUGUAUGUCGGUGGUGAGGAGGAAUGGGUUGGCAAGGUGCCUGAUCCCGGUGCCUAUGGUCUCAGUGAGUUCUUGUCUGGACUUGCGGACUCGGCUUAA